GCCGCGGCUGGAAGACCAGAUGCACGGCCGUGGUGCUGCCACUUCACAGGUCAACCAACGAUCGUCGUCACGUCACUCGGCAUCGGGAAGGUCAUCGCGAGCAGCUUGCCCUGACUGCGGUGGAUUUAGCUGUGACGUCGCCGACGCCCAAACCGGAGGCAUCACGUGCGGCUGCGACCGCGGUGUCUGCUGCUGCUGCUGCUGCGCGUGCUGCAGCGAGGGUGAGGUCGAGCCGGAAGCGUGUUGCAGCGUGAGCAGCGGCAGCUGCUCGUCCUGCUCGCACGAACACGCGUGCAAGACGGACGCAUCCUCCCCGCGUGACCAAUUGUACAGCGCCGACAGCGUCUCCUCAACAUCGGCAUGCAGCAGCUGUCGCGAGCCAGAGAUCGGCACUCUGCUGCGCACCACCACCACUUUCUGCGAGACCUUGGCCCGGGCGCUCAGCGGCGAGCAGCACGCGACCAAGAGGCACUGAUCACCGGAACGUAUAGAAUAGCGCCAUGCAUGCAGCUAAUGA